AUGUCUCCCGCAAAGAAGGGUGGCGAGAAGAAGGGUCGGUCCACCAUCAAUGAGGUGGUGACCAAAGAAUACGCUAUCAACAUUCACAAGCACAUCCAAGGAGUGGCUUUCAAGAAGUGUGCCCCUCGGGCACUCAAAAUAAUCUGGAAAUUUGCCAUGAAGCAGAUGGGAACUCCAGAUUUACACAUUGACACCAGGCUCAAGAAAGCUGUCUGGACCAAAGGAAUAAGGAAUGUCCCAUACCAUAUCUGUGUGCAGUCGUCCAGAAAGUGUAAUGAAGAUGAAGAUUCCCCAAACAAGCUCUAUAUGUUGGUUACCUAUGUACCUGUCCCUACUUUCAAAAAUCUACAGAUAGUGUGGAUGAGAAUUAACUGCUGA